CCGGCACACGUCGUGUUUUCGUAUAGACACUUUGGUGGGAUUUGCUUCGUACGAUUUCUUCAGUUGUACAGAUUUGUGUAUAAUUGCAAAUUGUAAUAAAAUAAAAAUAUCGCUCGCUUGUUGAAAAGAAUGGCAAGAACUAAGAGAAAACGCAUUAAGGCUCCACGUCCACCGCCUCCUCCUCCACCAAUUGAGAUAGCUGAGCAACAAUUAGCUAAUAGCAAUUCGGCCUACACUCAAGGUGUUUUCAAAUAUCUCCGAGUGUUGAUACAUGUACUAGGAACUGCACAGUUUAUUUAUGGUAUAUAUUUUCAUUGGUUUAAUGUGAACUGGCCGCAAUUAAAGGAGGAGGAAGAAUUAAAAACCCGAUGGGGUGGCAAAUUUAAAUACCUCACCUUCUUAGAUGUAAUAUUACAAGCCAUAUAUCACUUUUUGGCACUGGUGAACGACAUGUUUGGCACAAAUGCUGUUAAUCCAGAACCCAUGCCAAUAUUGCGUAAAAUUAAAGACUACAUGUUUGCAGCUUGGGCUUUUCCUGUGGCACACAAUGUUAGUAUAACAUUUUGGAUAAUAUACGCAUAUGACCGCGAGCUUAUAUUUCCAGCGGAAUUGGAUGCAAUAUUCCCUGCUUGGUUAAAUCAUAUAGUACAUACAAAUGUAUCAAUGUUGGCUAUUUUGGAUGUCUUCACCUGUUUCCGGCAAUAUCCAAGUCGUUUUGCUGGUAUUAGCGGCACUGUUAUAUUUAUGCUUUUAUACAUAAUAUGGAUGCAUAUUGUACGUUUCUUCUCCGGUGAGUGGGUUUAUCCUUUACUGGAAGUAAUUAACUGGCCAAUGCGCAUAAUUUUGUUAAGCUCAAUGGUUGGUUUUAGUGUGCUUUGCUAUUUGUUUGGAGAGUAUUUGAAUCUAAAAAUUUGGGCUCCAGAACAUAAGGCUAUUGAGAUGAGGAAUAAACAUAAAAUUCACUAAAUUAAAUAUCAAAUCAAAUUAACUUAAUAUAAUUACCAUUGCCGUUUUUUUAAAUGUUGUGUCUCUGUGUCUCUCUGUCUGUUUGUUAAAUGUAAUUUGAAGUAAUUGUAAACAAUAGUUGUGAACAUUUUAUGUUUUAAUGGUAUAUCCACGUUAAGCCAUUUAAUGGUUUAAAUUUUAAAGCCCACUAAGCCAAAUCGAGUGAAUUUAAUAAGAGAAUAAAAGUGCUUGUAGUGAAUUUAUAUAAACGAAUUUCUUG